UUUUUGUGGUGCUAACUUUUCCUUUCUGAUGAUUACUGGGGUGUUGACACAAGUAAACCCUUGUUGUGCGGAUAUUCCUACUGGACAGCCUUCAUUCCAAAAUAAUGUAUUCACGCUUAGGGCCCAAACCAUGUUGCGCAAUAAAUUUGAAUUUGGCAAUGAGAAGGCGUUGGCCUCUGUAUGGAAGUCCUUCCAACUUCCAAGUACCAAGAAAUGGGAAAAACUGUAACUUGGGGAGCAAUAAGGCUCAACGGGGUGUACUUUUGAUUCAGGCUGUUGCCCCCCUUGAACCUAAGUGUUUGGUUCAAAGCAAUGGGGGACAGGAUGGUCGCAGUAGUCCACAGCUGGGUGUUGAUUCGGGAAGUGCGUCAGGGAUUCAAAAUCAAUCAUCUAGUGAAGACUCUGAGGACUUGAGCGAGGGAGAGAAGCUAAGACGGAUGAGGAUAUCGAAAGCAAAUAAGGGUCUCACACCUUGGAACAAAGGGAAGAAACACAGUACAGAAACACGACAGCGAAUCAAAGAGAGAACCCAGCUUGCAAUGCAGAAUCAUAAGGUCAGAGAUAAGUUAGCUAACCGUCGACAUGCUCAGAGAAUUUGCAGCAAAGAAACAAGGAAAAAAAUUGGGGCUGGAGUUCAAAUGGGGUGGGAAAGGCGCCGUGAGAAGCUGAGGCUGCAGAAAACUUGCUACUUUGAUUGGCAGAAUCUUAUAGCAGAAGCUUCUAGAAGGGGCUUUGUUGGUCAGGAAGAGCUGCAGUGGGACUCCUAUCAGAUGUUAAGUGAACAGCUUGAGCAGGAGUGGUUGGAAAGUAUUGAACUGAGGAAACAUACAAGACUGAAAGGCAACAAAAGAGCACCCAGGACUCUUGAGGAGAGGAGGAUAAUCUCAGAAGCCAUUACUGCCAAAUGGGCUGAUCCUGAAUAUCGUGACAGAGUUUACACUGCCCUAACCAAAUAUCAUGGCUCAAGAGUAGGAGUUGAAAGGAAGCCCAAGAAACGGCCAAGUGUUGAUAGACAAGCCAGACCACCAAGUGCCCCAAAGAAGAAAGCUAAGGAGACAGCUAUUACCUUUAUGGACAACAAUCCCCACGAAAGCAAUGACUAGUGAAGUCUAGUCUUGCUUUCAAUUGUAUGAAACCAACAUUCAGGAAAAUGUUCCCAGAGUAUGUGGAGAAGUACAAACAGCAGCAGCUAUCUGACGAGCCUGUUCCCGAGCGUCACAAGUCCCUACUCAGCUAGAAACCUCCACACCUUUGUUGGAUGAAACUGGUGAAUCUAAAUAAGAGGACCAGAAUAAGGUUGAAGCCCCUAGGGCUCUUAAAAACUGUGGGAAGAAGUCUAUCUCAAACUGGAUGCUGUUGUUACUUGUUUCUAUAUUUGGUGGUGCUAUGGCAUUGCAACUGCUUCAACUUCAACAUUGAGACCAAAACGAGCACAAGAUCCUAUUAGGGGACGGUGAACAUACAGGCUUCUUGUGGAACAUCGAUGGAAUCCUGUUUAAGUGCAUAAUAUGUUAGGGUUCUUGUUUAUCUAAUAUAACUUGUAUAAAGGGUAUGGAAAUGGAUGAGGAAUAUUCCCGGCUAAUAUGGUUUCUCUUUCUAUUUUAUCGCUAGCAUUUUGUUUGUCAAACAUUUGGAGUAUACAUGCUUACGAUGUCAUCUGCAUCCAUUUAGAGCUUC